AAGCUACCAUACCAUGCCCACAAAAAUAAGCGACUUUCCCUCCAUUAGAAAUAUAUACUACUGUAUAUAGUUGAACAUAAAUGACAAGUUCCAGUGUAUAUCUUUGCCCUUUUUCUCUAUCUUUCCCUUUUCACUUUUAUUUUCAUCUCUUUGUCGGAGGUGGGUUUGCAGUUGAAGAGAGAGAAGGAAGAGAGGGAGACAUUGGAACGCAAACACAAUCUGUGUCGUAGAGUCCACACCCGCAGUAUGAGGGCAUGCAGCAGCGCUGCAUUUGGUAUGGGGAGCCAUUAUUGGCCCUUGCUCAUCACAGCUCUCUUCUUCGCUCCCACCACCACCGCCUGCUCCAACGCCGAAUGUCAGCUUCUCGAAUCAUGCUCUACCGCCACCGACUGCGCCACGGGCCUUUACUGUGGGAAUUGCCCCUCACUCGGGAAAUCACAGCCUUUCUGCAUCAGGGGCCAAGCUCCAAUCCCUACUUCCAUGAUUAGUGGGCUGCCCUUUAACAAGUACUCGUGGCUGGUGACUCACAAUGCCUUCUCUAUUGUGGAUGCACCGUUGUUGACUGGUGCUCAAAGAGUCACCUUUUACAAUCAAGAGGAUUCUGUUACUAAUCAAUUGAUGAAUGGAGUGAGGGGGUUGAUGCUGGAUAUGUAUGACUUCGAGAAUGAUAUCUGGCUCUGCCAUUCGUUUCGCGGCCAAUGCUACAACUUCACCGCCUUUGAGCCAGCAAUCGAUACGUUGAAAGAAGUGGAGGCGUUCUUGACACAGAACCCCUCGGAGAUUGUUACCAUCAUAAUCGAGGAUUAUGUCCGUACACCAAAAGGAUUGACAAGGGUGUUUGCUGAUGCUGGUUUGGACAAAUAUUGGUUUCCCGUUGCCAAAAUGCCGAAGAGAGGUGCGGAUUGGCCCACUGUCAACAGCAUGGUAAAGAAUAACUACAGACUACUAGUUUUUACUUCCGAUUCUUCUAAAGAGGCGUCUGAAGGAAUUGCAUACCAGUGGAAGUACAUGGUCGAAAACGAGUCGGGAGAUCCGGGUGUAGUGCCUGGCUCGUGCCCAAACAGAAAGGAAUCAAAGCCACUUAACUCGAGAGGUGCCUCUCUGUUUCUGAUGAAUUACUUCCCGACUAUUCCAGUUCAAAAUGAAGCUUGCAAGGAGCAUUCUGCACCACUUGCUGAUAUGGUGGCAACUUGUUACAAAGCUGCUGGGAAUAUGAUGCCCAAUUUUGUGGCAGUGAACUUUUACAUGAGGAGUGAUGGUGGAGGGGUAUUUGAUGAUUUGGAUCGAAUGAAUGGUCAGACGUUGUGUGGGUGUGCUACCCUCUCCGCUUGCCAGGCUGGUGCACCUUUCGGAAGUUGCAAAGCUGUUGGUAUGCCUAACACGAGUUCCACGACUACGGGUACUUCUGGGAGCUUCUCUGGGUCCGUUCAGUUAUCCGGAGACGCCUCGGCACUCAAUGUUCCAGGUGUAUCGUUCACGUGCUUAUUGCUGGUCCUCAUAACCUUUUGUUCAUUGUGAGGAGACUCAGAACAUGGAGAAACUCUGUUGAGGUGCACAAACGAGUUAAAACCUAGGAUCUCCUAGUUUGGUAGCCUCUGAAGUUUUGGAUUUAGAUAGGUUGCUUAAUUUGGUUGAGGUUAGAAAUGUCCAAGUACAUUAUUAGCUAUAGUUAAGACGAUACUCUCUUACAGCAAACAUCGAGGAUUCAACUAAGGAGUUUGGUCUAUAGAGCAACCGUGAAGACAGGGCCAAGUGCUAUGAGGUUCGGCCACUUUCUAUAUUUACUCGUCUCUUCCAUUCUGCGCACCUUUGGCGUGAGUUUGUGAUCUUGUUUUACCAUGUCGUUUGCUGAUUGUUGGGUUUCCUUCCAGGUUGUGGAGAAUGUGAAAGAAGUGUGUGUGGAUAGGGCAUUGUUGUAAGAAAUGAAGUAUUAUUAUUGCAUACAAGCACCUCUCUGCAUUUGUGAAACUAUUAUAUGUUCCACUUGCAAUUUAUUCUUUUCGAUUCCAAA